AUGGACACGCGAGCGGGCACCAUGUGAGUAACGAGCGGCGGGACUGCGCGGGCCCCGGGCGGAGGAGGAGACGCCGCUUGGGCGCGCGAGGAGGGAGGAGCCCGGGCAGGUCUAGCGACCGCCGCUCCUGCCUCCGACGGGGGACGGCUCAGGCGGAGGGAGGUCGAGGCGCCCUCUGCUUCGCUGCCUCCCCUUCCAGCGCCGGGUGGGAUGGGGAUGCUUCCCCUCGGGGGAAGGGAAGCAGCCCCCACGGGCCUGGCUGCUAUUAGUCCGUAUUAAAUUACACACAAAAACCCCACCUCUUUGUGGCUACUUUUGUCCUGCCUCAUAAUAACCCAACGACGUAAGUGCUGCUGCUGCAGCCUCUCGACUCCAGAGAGUAAAGCGAUGGGUGGCUGGGUGGGUGGAAUAAUAACUAAUAAUAAUAAUAAUAAUAAUAAUCUCAUUUAUACCAGUACCGGAUUUACGUAUAAGCUAAACAAGCUAUAGCUUAGGGGCCCCGUCUCUUGUGCCCCCCCAAAAAAAAAUUAAAGGAGAAAAAAAAACCUGGAUGUACAUUUCCAAAAUAUAAGAUAAGAAACAAAGAAAAUAAAACCCACAUACAGCAACAGUGGCAGAUGGCUUUAGAUACCUAUUAGGUUCAUAAAUUACCAUAUAGCACAUUUCCAAAGUAUAAGAUAAGAAACAAAUAAAAUAAAACCCACAUAUAGCAUAUAUUCAAUGCAAAAAACAGCGACAACAAAGGACAGCUGGACAUAUAAAGGGCCCCAUUACCUUCAGUAGCUUAGGGCCUCACGAAACCUAAAUCCAGCCCUGUUUAUACCCCUCACAUCUGGCUGGGUUUCCCAAGCCAGCCACUCUGGGCGGCUUCCAGCAAAAUAUAAAAACAUGACAAAAUGUCAGACCUUAAAAAUGAAACAAAAAAGCUUUAUUAUUAGUAUUAAGAGCCUGUAAGGUCUUUUUGAGGACUGCAGUCCGCUUCAUCCGCUGCAGUGUUGGGUGGUUGUUUGUGUGUGUUGUUUGUGCACAAACAGGUAAUGGGGUGGGGAUAGUUAAACAUUUCAAAUGGGGAAUUGUAUGAUGUGACAGUUGCAUAAUUAGGUGCUGCCAGUUUGCAACACCAGCAGUUGGUUUGCACCUUGGGAAAUGAGGCUUGUUAAAGAGCAGACCUUUAGUUCUGUGAAUAGCAUGGUUGCAUAUAGAUAUUGCAUUUAUUUGAGCCAAGUAAGCCUCAAGCGGCUUGCUGGAGCCUGAACUUCAGAAUGUGGUACUGGGUUUUUAAAAUUAUUAUUUGUCAGGGGUUCAGGAGCAGAGGCACAGGAAAGGGAGGAAAUAGAGAGCGAGGGGGAGGAGUCCGAAGGAAAUGUUAGCGAUGACAGCGGUCCGAGGUCUCUGAGUCUUUCCAGCGAAUCGGAAGAUUCACAGAAAGGGGCUCCCUUGGUCAGAGCAAGGGGGUGCCGAGGGGACACCCCAGGAAGAAGGGGCCAGAGGGGACUCAGAGAGCAGCAGUUGGAAAUCAGGACCAGCGUCCACACCAGAGUGCAGUAGGGGGGAGGGGUCCCAGGCAUCGGGAUCAGGCGGCGCACUGCCAGUGGGAGGACAUGAGUCAGGAUUGGCCACGCCUCCAUCGGGGAGCGAGGAAACGGUCGAGAGGAAGGUUGAAGGCUGGGCGCGCGCGCCAAGUUCAAAUGUACAGGAGGGCGGCGCAGUUGGCAGCCCGGAUAGGGAGCCAGGUCCCAAAGCCCGCCGAAAGAGGGGGAGGAGUCAGGGGGGUCAACGUCAGCGUCAGAAGAAUCCAGGAAGGAAGGGACCCGGGGGUAGCAGGACCCAGAGGAGAAAGGAGAGACGUAAGAGGUGGAGUAAGGCUAGAAUCUUAAACUGGUGUACAGGGGCGGAGACUCAGAUGGAGCUUCGCCGAUCUAACCCCUAGACGUAGAGCUGGGGCGCUGCGGCUUGAAAAUGGAAACUGUACUUCAAUAAAGACUUUUGUACAUUACUGCCGGCUAGCGUUGGUCCUCUGUGAGCUGGGACCUGGAGCCAGCUCUGACAUUAUUAUUUUGCUGUUUGAACAUUUUUAUUCACGGCCCUCUUAGCUAAGGAUGAAAAGUUGCAUCAGAAAGUGGUAAAGGUAAAGGGACCAUUAGGUCCAGUUGUGGCCGACUCUGGGGUUGCAGUGCUCAUCUCACUUUAUUGGCCGAGGGAGCCGGCGUACAGCUUCCAGGUCAUGUGGCCAGCAUGACUAAGCCGCUUCUGGCGAACCAGAGAAUUGCAUGGAAACACCAUUUACCUUCCCGCCGGAGUGGUACCUAUUUAUCUACUUGCACUUUGACGUGCUUUCGAACUGCUAGGUUGGCAGGAGCAGGGACUGAGCAACGGGAGCUCACCCCGUCGCGGGGAUUCGAACCGCCGACCUUCUGAUUGGCAAGUCCUAGACUCUGUGGUUUAACCCACAGCGCCACCCGUGUCACUCUUUCUAAUAUUAUCCCAGUCAUGUAAAAUACAGUAAUUAAUGCUAAAUUAAAAGUUUUAAAAUUAAAGAAUGUUCAUUUCUGGAGUGAACCCUGUGAUAUGACUCUCACAUUCUGUGUUGUUCUAAACGAUACAAAUCAAAUUAAGGCCACAGUCCUGUGCACUGUUUACAAGAGAGUAAAUUACAUUGCUCAGUGGAACUUUUGACUGAUAUACAUAGGUUUGUGCUAUAAAACGCUUGCAUUUUCUAUUAUAUCAAUCGGAACGAUAAUCUGUGAUGAAAUUUCCUGAAUGGGAAUUGAUUUUAAUUCAGGCAGGCUAAAUACUAUACGUAUUUAUUUAGCUAAAAUACUGUACUGUUUUGUUUCUGCUAAAACAAAUCUGGUUUCAAUCUUUUCUUACACCCUCCGUUUUGAUUAGGAAUGGCCAGUCAUACCAUGUCUCCCAGAUACACAACUUAGCACUUCAUGUUCUUACAAGAGGAUUAGACAAGUUCCUGGAGGACAAGGUUUUCUAUGGGCCCCUUCCAACUCUACAAUUCUAUGUAUAGCAGGAGGGGAGAGUGCUGUUGAACGCAUGCCUGCUGUAAGAACAGAAUGCUGAACUAGAUCAUUGGCCUGAUUCAGCAGGUUCCUGUUAUGUUCUCAUGUUUAGGGCGAAGCUAUAUAUUACAAUUGGCAGUUGGGCCAAUUAACGUGAAAUUAUACGUUUGGCUCCUGUCCUAUGAGCUGAAAAAACAGUAUGAAGGGUGUGAGGACAUCAAGGACAGGUAGGAGCCUUAGGUGUAGCUACUGAGCAUAGCUCAGUUGGUAGAUCACGAGACUCUCAAUCUCAGGGUUGUGGGUUCGAUCCCCACAUUGGGCAGAAUAUUCCUGCAUUACAGGGGGUUGGACUAGAUGACCCCCAUGGUCCCUUCGUGUUCUAUAAUUCUGUGAGUCUGCUGCUAUCUAGUCUUCAUGUGCAAAGUCUCUUGCCACACUCUACAGUCCCACAUGUGCAAGCUGCUCCCGCCAGCCGCGCUCAUUGGCUUUGCAUGGCCAGAGCCAAAUGGGCUGGGCGGAUUGGUUUGCACUUCCAGCAGUGGGUGACCAAAGACAAGAGGCCUUUUCUGAAGGCUACUUGAGAUGUAAGAGGGUGGCUUUCCCAACCCAGAAUGCCUCCUGUGCCCAACAAAGCUACAAGCGAUGACAUUUGGUAGUAUUGGAUCGUUUGGUUUGGCCUCCCUCGCCUUUGAUCUCUUAUAAUGAAUGGUAUUAGCAGUUCGAAAGCACGUCAAAGUGUAAGUAGAUAAAUAAGUACCGCUCCGGUGGGAAGGUAAACGGCGUUUCCAUGCGCUGCUCUGGUUCGCCAGAAGCGGCUUAGUCAUGCUGGCCACAUGACCUGGAAGCUGUACACCGGCUCCCUCGGCCAAUAAAGCGAGAUGAGCGCCGCAACCCCAGAGUCGGUCACGACUGGACCUAAUUGUCAGGGGUCCCUUUACCUUUACCUUAUGUGGCAUGUAUUUCUCCUUUUUGGUAUUUGGAUAUCUGAUGUUGUUACUGUUGCUCUUAGGCCUCACAGGACAGAACUCUACCACGACAUCCCGCCAACAUGCUGGCCGAUUGUGUAUUCUCCAGAUUACAAUAUUACAUUUAUGGGACUGGAGAAACUACAUCCAUUCGAUGCUGGAAAAUGGGGGAAAGUCAUAAAUUUUUUGAAAGGUAAAGUGUGUGCCGAACGGAAAGUCUUAAGCUUUGUAGAAAUUGUGUUGUAUCGGUAUUCUGUAAAAAGUCAACUUGCAAGAAGUAAUUCCAUGUAGAUUGUUACUGAUGUGUGCAGCAGUUAUGAUUACUUUGGUAUUUUUAUUGUAUUUUAUAUGGAUGAUUAGUAUGCCUUCUGUGUGUUAGAUCUGCAGUUCUGCACUGCCUUAAAAGCAGCAGUGGUAUAGCCAUCAGUCCUGUAUAAACUAUCGUUUUCUGCUUAGUGGGCAAUGGAGUUUACAGCAAAGCAGAAGCCUAAUUUAGUAAUGGAAAAUCUUAUGUGCUGGCUUCUGCAGUAUUGAAAUGUGUGCCUUAUUUACAUGAGAUGCUGGAUGUAAUGUGCUUUUCUUUUUCAAUUCAGAAGCAAAACUAAUUGCCGAUGAUCUGAUUGUACGAGCUCGAGAAGCAACUGAAGAAGACCUUUUGGUUGGUCACACGAGAAGCUACUUGAAUCGAUUAAAGGUGUUGUAUCUUCUACUUGUGUUUGAAACAAACUUUGAUCCCCCACUCGUCCUGUAUGUUUCUCCCUCUCGCACACACAGAAAACAAAAUCCUCAGUACGUGUAAGUGUACAUAAAGCAGGAAACGGCAAAAACAUUUUCUUUCAUAGCUUUAGAAUUCUUGUUUUCAUGAUUUCCCCCCUAAGUCUUAGGUUAGAACAUAGUCCUUAGGUUAUAGUGGCGGGUGGGAGGGGUAUUGAAUAGAAAAUUAAAAAUAGAAAUCUGCCACAAAUUAUCUAUAAAUAAAAAACCCCCUGAAAUCAUUAGAAGUUAUUAUGUAAUUUUAGAACUAUGUUUUUAUAGGGUUUACCUUAUGCCUUUUCUAUGGAAAAGAGAAGUUUUAUAUUUUAGGGAACUCAAAUGGCAGUACAGACCAACAGUAAGAGGAACGUGAGUGUCUAGAUUGAGAGACAGUCUGACUCUUUGUGACCCCAUGGACCAGAGCACACCAGGCACUCCUGUCUUCCACUGCCUCCCGCAGUUUGGUAAAACUCAUGCUGGUAGCUUCGAGAACACUGUCCAACCAUCCCGUCCUCUGUCAUCCCCUUCUCCUUGUGCCCUCCAUCUUUCCCAACAUCAGGGUCUUUUCCAGGGAGUCUUCUCUUCUCAUGAGGUGGUCAUAAGACAGGCUUUAGUUGUACUCUUUUCUUGGUACCUCUCUUUGAAAGCUGGAAAAGCCAGUUUCAUAUUAAAGCUUCACAGAGAUUAUCACCUGACUGCCUUUAAUUGGAAAGGCUUGUUUGUAUUGAACUAUCAUAUGACCAAUUAAUGCAACUCUGAUUUAAUGCAAAGAACAAUUCCCUUAAGAUCUGAAUUGGGAUGUUCUCCAGCUGCGUUAGUAAGCAGAAGAAGAUAGCUGAUGUUACUAGCCUUGUUUUCACGUCACAAAAGGCAUGGCGUGUUUUUAACUGUAGUUUAAUUGUAUGGGUGCUUCCGUCUUCCCAUGGGAGUCCCCCUUGCACAGCUUUCCUCCUUGCUCCCUAUCCACGGCUCAUACAAGCUAUACACUAUGGUUUACUCUGUCAUCAGAAACCUAACAUUGGUCUGUCUGUUGGUUUUCAAACAAAGCAUGAGCAACAAGCAAUAAAUAAAGCAAUAUCCUAUCUUGUUGUAGUUGCUCAUUUGUAUAACCCAGGCCUGAAAAUUUUAAAUGGAAAACGGCAGCAUUGUUGAGGGAAGUUGAAUUCCUGUCUCCUGAAACUGGUUUUAGAUAAACAGUCACUAGGGUGCGAAUACUAACAAAGCAAAACAAAACAAAAACAUUGGGAGCAAUUGAAGCACCAAGUUUCCCCCCUCUCUUUCAACUCGAGUUCAUUCAGGUUUUUAGGUGACAGUCUUGAAGCAGUGGUGACUCUUUGCAGGAAUCAAUUUUAUUUUGCAUGACUCAGCAUUAUAUUGCAGACAUUUUUGGGGAAAACUUAAUCCCCUUCUGAUAUAUACUGCUUUCCUCUUUACUGUAGAAUAUUUACAGAAAUCAGGAAUGUGUUAUGGUUUUAACUGUAUAAUUUUUAUAAUUCUCAAAAAUUGCCUUUUUUAAUUACCAUUCCAUUUCUUUGGCAUUUACUGGGUCCUGGUCCUGUUCUUGGCCUUCUCGCUAACUGUGUGUAUUUCUUGCUUGAAAUCUCUGUAAGAUUCCCCACCACGGCGACUACUCCAAAUCAGCCAAAUUGGGCUGAUUUUUUAAAAAAGGAUAUAUUUUUUUGAAAUUUUGAAAUCACUGAGAUUCUGCUGAAUGCAAGACCGUGUGUCAUUUGGCUGAUUUUUCUUCAGAUGAUAUCUUUUAAAACACCACUUUAAUUAUAUUGCCCGUAAUUCGUAUACAGGUGCAAAACUUAGGUGUGUGAGAAUCUCCCAAAGAUGGUUUUUACUUGAGAGCCCAAUGCUAUCCUUUACAGGGGUGCAUUCUCUAUGCAUGCAAACUUUUCAUUGCAUGCAUGUUUUUAAAUCUCAGUGAUGAGAAAAGAUGAUUAAAAACCCUAAAACAGAUGUGCAGUUUAUGCUCACAUUUUAACAAUUUCUACAGUGUAAUUUUUAUGCCUUUCUACUAUCUUGUCCCAUCACCUCCUGGCAAAUAGAAGGGGAAGAAAUGGAAGCAGUGACAGAUUUUACUUUCUUGGGCUCCAUGAUCACUGCAGAUGGUGACAGCCGUCACGAAAUUAAAAGACGCCUGCUCCUUGGGAGAAAGGCGAUGGCAAACCUAGACAGCAUCUUAAAAAGCAGAGACAUCACCUUACCAACAAAGGUCCGUAUAGCUAAAGCCAUGGUUUUCCCAAUAGUGAUGUAUGGAAGUGAGAGCUGGACCAUAAAGAAGGCUGAUUGCCGAAGAAUUGAUGCUUUUGAAUUAUGGUGCUGGAGGAGACUCUUGAGAGUCCCAUGGACUGCAAGAAGAUCUCCAUUCUUAAGGAAAUCAGCCCUGAGUGCUCACUGGAAGGACAGAUCGUGAAGCUGAGGCUCCAAUACUUUGGCCACCUCAUGAGAAGAGAAGACUCCCUGGAAAAGACCCUGAUGCUGGGAAAGAUGGAGGGCACAAGGAGAAGGGGACGACAGAGGACGAGAUGGUUGGACGGUGUUCUCGAAGCUACCAGCAUGAGUUUGACCAAACAGCGGGAGGCAAUGGAAGACAGGAGUGCCUGGCUUGCUCUGGUCCAUGGGGUCACGAAGAGUCGGACACGACUAAACGACUAAACAACAACAACAACACUAUCUUAGUUCCAGACAGUGGAAAUCCAGUCUGCUAAAUUUGCAUUUAUUUAACACUCGGGCUCAGUGCAGACCAUAGUUAAGACAUCCUUUUCACUCACACCUUCCUUCCCUCCUUCCUUCCUUCCUUCCUUCCUUCCUUCCUUCCUUCCUUCCUUCCAUUUUUGGACCUGUGAAUGGUAAUAAGAGUUAUGCAUGCCCCUGGGUUUUUUGGGGUUUUUUUUACUAAUAGUCCUUAGCCUAAGGACUGUGCAACUCCACUUUUGAUUGUGUUGCAAACUCUGGUUUAGAUUUAACCACCUUUAGAGAAAAUGCUUGUGUAGAUGCAAUGCUAACCCUGGUUCAUUCAGAAAAUGAAAUAAAGGGUGAAGUUCAUGCAAAAGGAGAAUUGUGUGUAACCAUGGGACCCUUACAGUUGUUUAAGUUUGAGAAGGAGAUAAGGCAGUAUUACAUUUGCACUGGCCAGUGUGCAAUUUAUUCUGACUUCUGAUAGCUCCUUGUUUUGAAAGUUUCCCCCCCAAGAGCUGCAUUUGUUUCUACCUAAUGAAGAGUAAAGUUACGCAUUUCAUGGAUGCGGUUUUAGGACUGCUGAUAUUCUCCGUAUGACAAGUUGGGGGACUGACAGUGGGCUUUUAAUUUCUCGAUGCCUGUCCUUUACUGGGGUGUGUUAGUCAUAGCUGUCAACCUUCCCUUUUUUUGCGGGAAAUUCCCUUAUUCCAGCGCCGUUUCCCGCUGCUUCCCAGUGCUAUCCCGGAUUGUUAGAUAUCCCGUAGACUGUCUCCAGGACAGGUGAGGCUGCUGAUCCCUUAUUUUCGAGGCUACUGAUUCCUUAUUUUCAAAUCCGAAAGUUGACAGCUAUGUGUGUUUGUGUCUGGAUUUGAUUUUGAGUUUAGGAAUUGGUGUUAAUAGCCAGAUAAUAGCAGUUUGACUUUGCUUUUGCUAUGGAGCUAGCAGCAAGAUUUGCGUCUUGGCCAUUCCCUUAUCCUCUAUCCAGGGAUCCUUUACCUCCAUGUCCUGCAACGCAAACAGAAAUAGAACAGGUUAUGUACUGUUUCAUAUGAUGGGUAGAAAGGAAAUGAGAAAUUAAAAAGCAACCAGAGGUUCCUAGGUUUCCUAGACCUUUAACUAGACUAACCCUCAUUUUAGCCAGCUUCCACAGUACUGGCAUUGUCUAAGAUACUAAGGAGAAGAAACCCAUUCCCAACUCUGAUCAUGCAGUUGCGCUUAUCCUGGCCAUAUAAUCAAGCCAGACUAAUAAUAUUUCUCAGCGUAUACCACACUGGUUAUUUUUCCCUAUGAAGAGACAAUGUUUGGGUAGGUUAGUAGCAGUGCUUCUAAUGCAAAAUGGUAAAACUCAUCCUGCUUUUGUGGGACGUCUAUCAAGACAAUUUGCCAUAUAGAUUUAAUACUUCUCCCAAAUAUAUUGCUAAAUUAUAUUUCAGUACGUCGUCCCAGACCAAAUUUGCGACAUUCUCAGGAAAACCUUUCAGUGCUUAAGAGUCGCGUCGCAAACCACUCUCUGAAACGCCGUAGAGUUUGCAGUUUAGUUAUGGCUGUGAGUUGUUCAAGAUGUUUGAAUAUAUUUUCUUCCAACUUUCUUUGUACUGCUUACAGAAUCAUAUACUGGAAAGCGUUGAAGAGGUAUUCCAGAAAUCAUUUUGCGCUUUUGCUGUACACUUGAAAAUGCUAUGAAUAUGAACUACAGUUUAGUUAUUUGUUGUACCGUCAUUUUCAGUGUGCUGCUUUCCUGCAUUAGCUAAUUAUGGCACUGAAAUCAUUGCCCUUAUCCAUUGUUGCUCUGUACUUUUGCCUUCGUAGUUAACAUUCUUCUGGUUUUUUUAUGUUUUCUAAAUUAUUUUUAGAUUGGGCACAACUACUCCAAAGCAUUAUCAAAGAGCAGCAAUAACUGCUUUAUUUCUGAGACCAGUGAUCUGAAUUAAAAGAUUUAUCAUAUAGCGAUUUAAUCUGCUCUUCUCCUUCGCUCAUCUGCACUUUCCCUGGAUAUCAUUGGUGCUUUUUGUAAUUUUAUUAUUUGUUUAAAUGCACACGUUUUUGCUUCGCGUAUAGCUGUUUUAUGAACAGAUAUGAAAGCUAAACUGUCAUACUAGGGAGUAAAUCCUAUUUGCAACACUGAGGAAUUUACUUCUGAGUAGACAUGUUUAGAUGGUGCUGCUAAUGAAUCAGUUAUUUAAGCUGCCCACCUGUAAAUGCUGACUUGGGAGCGAGUCCUAUUGAACUCAACAGUGCUUACUUUUGGGUAGACUUGCCCUGAGAGCAACUAAUCCGUAAUCUUUUGUUUCUUUCCAGUGGUCCUUUGUUGUGGCUACAAUUACAGAAAUCCCACCUGUUCUUUUUCUGCCCAAUUUCCUUGUUCAGAGAAAGGUGCUGAGGCCCCUGAGAACUCAAACUGGAGGUACAAUAAUGGUAAAUAUUUUGUUUCAUUUUCUCUCUCUUCUCUUGAUUCUAAUUCUAAAGCAAUUUUAAAAGGGCAAUACACAUAUUUAAUUAUUAAAUAAGGGGAAAUUAUUUGUCAUUAAUGUGUUUUCAGCAUCAGGCCCAGAAAACUGCUUUCUAAUAACUUCUCCGUAUGGCGUUUCUGCUCUGACUCGAAUGACUUUGCUAUUUAUGUUUGCUGGACAACCUUCUACAACCUUGACCCAUGUUUCAGAGUAGACUCACUGAGUUCAUUUCACAGAAUAGUGACAAUCUUCUGGAUUUGCUGAAUGACGUUUUUCAUAGGAUGUCAUCAGCUUUUGUGCUGUACAGUGGUACCUCGGGUUAAGUACUUAAUUCGUUCUGGAGAUCUGUUCUUAACCUGAAACUGUUCUUAACCUGGUGCUAAUGGGGCCUCCUGCUGCUGCCGUGCCGCCGGAGCACGAUUUCUGUUCUCAUCCUGAAGCAAAGUUCUUAACCUGAGGUAAUAUUUCUGUGUUAACGGAGUCUGUAAACUGAAGCAUAUGUAACUUGAAGCGUAUGUAACCCGAGGUACCACUGUACUCGAUAGCAGCAGGUGCCUGAACUCCCAUGGCCAUAGGGUUAUUAUAUUUAUUAGAAACACUAUGGGACACCGUGAGAGUCGCUGGUUUGCUUUGCUUACAGUACAUUUGCUUUUUGACACCUGUGCUUUUCCGUGCUUUUGAAUCUGAAGCGCAUCUUUCCCCCCACAGCUUGUUCAUAAGUGUAUUUAUUCAGGAGGAAACAUAAUUGAUCUCACUUAGUAUUUUCUGUGCCUUGUUUUGGAAAGUCUGAUCCAGCAUGCUUUAGUUUUGUAAACAUUUAAGUUUCCAAGCAUUUGGGUAUAUUAUAGAAUAAUUCAAAACACCCAGAUUGAGAUACAAGGUGGACACCUCUAUUGCAUGAAUUUUGAAAAUAAUGAUGAUGAUGAUGAUGAUAAAGAUUUUUCCCUCCCCUGUUUCAUUUUUUUGAAGGCAGGGAAACUGGCCAUUGAGAGAGGAUGGGCAAUUAAUAUUGGUGAGUAGCAAUGUAUCUUCUUCCUCCUUCAAUGCCUCUCAGCAAAAAUUUUGGUCCACAUUCUGGUCAUCUUUUAUAUCUGCCCCGGUUUGUUCCUCUUUAGCCUUCACUGGCCACAUCUGAUUUCCUUAUUCUGAAUAGGAUUCCUCGCAAGAAAAGGGAAAAGUUGACAGCUAUGGCAAUAGAAGGCUUCUUUCAAGCCUAAUUUCAGUGGGGCACGGGCAGGAGGGGAUCUUGCAGACACCAGGGAAUAUAUUUUGGGGUGCGUGUGUGCCCGUAGCCACCGCAUUGGUGACCCAUAGGCUAAACCAUGAUUCAGAGUGCCAUAACCUUGUGCCUGCAUGCUCCCCGCUCCCCAGUCCUCUGAUGCGACUCAGGAGUUCAGCGGUUUCUGCUUAUGGUGAGCUGCAGUUUGCUACGUCCUCCAGGCUGACCAACUCUGCUUAACCUUAAGGAAGGUUGCUUUUUAAACAAGCCAGCUCCUGCCUGUGUCUGAUAAUGAAAAGGAUAUUGAAUCUCCUUAUGAUUAGAGAAGCUGCCAUUUUCCACACACUUUUUUUUAAACACAUAGAAGCAAAGAGAGUUUAUAAUGAUAAUAAUAAAAUAAAAUAAAAUAAAAUAAUAAUUUGUUUAUACCCUGCCCAUCUGGCUGGGCUUCCCCAGCCACUGUGGGUGGCUUCCAACCGAAUAUUAAAAACAAUAUAGCAUCAGACAUUAAAAACUACCCUAAACAGACCGUCUUCAGUUGUCUUUUAAAAGUAAAAUAGUUGUUUAUUGCCUUGACAUCUGCUGGGAGCGCGUUCCACAGGGCAGGCACCACUACCGAGAAGGCCCUCCAUCUGGUUCCCUGUAACCUCGCAAUGAGGGAACUGCCAGAAGGCCCUCGGCGCUGGACCUCAGUGUCUGGGCUGAACGAUUCGGGUGGAGACGCUCCUUCAGGUAUACAGUUUAGACAUGCCUAGGUAUUCAAAGCUUUGUCCUUCGCAGGACAAAAAGCAGGACAAACAGGAAAAAGUGUAGGGUUUUUGGAGAGUUUGUUCAUUAAUGUUGUUACGGUGCCUGUUAAAGAAGCGUGGCUCAUGAAGCAACCUGCUCAUCAGUUGUAUACCGUAUUUAUAUACAGUGGUACCUCGGGUUACAUACGCUUCAGGUUACAUACGCUUCAGGUUACAGACUCCGCUAACCCAGAAAUAUUACCUCGGGUUAAGAACUUUGCUUCAGGAUAAGAACAGAAAUCGUGCUCCUGCGGCGCGGCAGCAGCAGGAGGCCCCAUUAGCUAAAGUGGUGCUUCAGGUUAAGAACAGUUUCAGGUUAAGAACGGACCUCCGGAACGAAUUAAGUACUUAACCCGAGGUACUACUGUAAUAAUGUUUUCCAUGGUGUCUGGUAGUUUAUUUAAAUGCAUUAUUCAGAUUUACCGUUUCUUUUUCCAGGUGGUGGCUUUCAUCACUGCUCAAGUGAUAAAGGUGGAGGGUUUUGUGCAUAUGCUGAUAUCUCAUUGGCUCUAAAGGUAUGGAAGAUCCACUGCAAGCAGCAACAUCAUUUAUUUAUUUUUUGCAUAAACUUAACAAACGUCAGCAUAUACCUGUAGCCUAAAUUUGUUAUUAAUAAAUCAGAUAGUGCUGCGUGUGGAAAUGGAGUACUGUCUCUGAAAGCUGCUGUAAUCCUAGUAAGAUAGGUAUGUCCUAACAGUGAAUCAACGAGGAAGGUGGUCUUUGUCUUACUUGGAAUGCUGUUGAUUUCAGUGAAAGGGAUGGACACAGGAAUACAGAAACUCUCAUGCGAAGUCCUAUGAAGUCAUAAACCCAGCAGCCCCAAACUAGAGAAUUGGGUUUAGCUGGGGUGAUCCAGGCAGUCUCUCAUUGCUUGGGGCCAGACCUGUUUAGCUGUAGCCACAGACUACAGCUUCCUUUAAAGCCUUUAAAUUAUUGCUUAAAGCCUUUAAAUCAACGUAAAAUGUGACAGAUCCCAGAUGGAUGAACACUGACCUUGUAUUUAGCCAUUUAAUAAAGCGCCAAAAUCUCUUGAGGAGAGCCAGAGAAAAGCUAUUUUGGAACCUGUCCAUGGACAAGUAAACAGUAUGGAUCUCAUGGAAAUGUUUGGGCUUAUUAGUUUGGAUCAGGGUGGGUUGAAUUAAAUCACAAUUUAAAUCACUAGUCGGUAAGACUUGAUUUAAAUCAUAUUUUUUUUUACAGAAAGACUCAUUCUUGCUGGUAUAAUCUUAACAUUUGCAUCCAGAAGAAGGUUUCAUUUUUGGAAUAAUAAAUUUUCAGAGUAGUUUUUACAGUUAUUUUAAAAAUUUACUGAUUUGGUUGUACUGUUAGAAAUACAUAGACAGAUAAAUCUGAAAUUAUUGUGAGGUUUAAUAAGUUAACUUUAUAUUUGGACAACUUUUCUGCUGCACUUUAUUGGAAGGAGAAAAAUAAUCAUUAGUAACAAUUUAUUUAACUAAAACAGUAACAUGAUAGCAUAUGUAUCCAUGUUUGUUAACUGAUGUGGUUAAACGAUUUAAAAAAACAAACAAACUGAGUUUUAGCACACAUGGAAAACUUAAAAUAAAUCCUUAUUUCCUGAUGAAUAGCCUUUGGACUAUAAUAUAACUUAAAUCGAAAACUAUCUUUAGAAAGAUUUUCCCUCCAAAAGCAUUUUAUUUUAAAAAUCUGAUUUAAAUUAAAAAAAAUCCGAUUUAAUUUUUUUUAAAAAAUCAUUUCUUCUUUAUUUCUUUUCUCUGUAUUCCAGUUUUUAUUUGAAAGGAUGGAAGGAGUUUCUAAGGCAACUAUCAUAGACCUGGAUGCACAUCAGGUGAGUGAUCAAAUGCAAAAAGUUUAAUUCGAAACAGAACUCCUGAAUCACAUAACGGCAGAAUUGUGCCACAAAGUAAGUUGAUUUAUACUGAACAAAUUGCAAAAGCAAAACAUAUAUAGGAAACUUGAUAUGUGAGACUUCUAAUCUUGGGGUCGUGGGUUUCAGCUCCACGUUGGUCAAAAGAUUCCUGCAUUACAGAGGUUGAACUAGAUGAUUCGUGCAGUCCCUUCCAACUCUACAAUUCCAUGAUUCUAUGAUAAUGGGGUGGCAUUUGGGGAAAAAUUUGAAAUCUGCAAAAUAAUAAUAAUAGAGAUAAUAAUAAUAAUAAUUGAGAGCCAGUGUGGUGUAGUGGUGUAGUGGUUAAGAGCGGUAGUCUCCUAAUCUGGGGAACCGGGUUCGCGUCUCCGCUCUUCCACAUGCAGCUGCUGGGUGACCUUGGGCCAGUCACACUUCUUUGAAGUCUCUCAGCCCCACUCACCUCACAGAGUGUUUGUUGUGGGGGAGGAAGGGAAAGGAGAAUGUUAGCCGCUUUGAGACUCCUGAAGGGGAGUGAAAGGCGGGAUAUCAAAUCCAAACUCUUCUAAUAAUAAUAAUAAUUUUUAUUUAUACCACGCCCUCCCCAGCCAAGGCCGGGCUCAGGGCGGCUAGCAAGCAAUAAUAAAAACAAGUUGAAUGAAUACAAUUUAAAAGCAAGAUUAAAAUACAACAUUAAAAUAUUGAAACAUUAAGAUAUUAAAAUGCAGCCUCAUCACAGGAGGAAAAAGGAAAAAGAAAAGAAAGAGGGGGAGGGAAUCAAAUUGGCUCCAAGUCAAAGGCCAGGCGGAACAACUCUGUCUUACAGGCCCUGCGGAAAGAAAUCAGAUCCUGCAGGGCCCUGGUCUCAUGAGGCAGAGCGUUCCACCAGGCUGGAGCCAGUGUUGAAAAGGCCCUGGCUCUGGUUGAAGCUAAUCUAACUUCCUUAGGGCCCGGGACCACUAGGGUGUUGCUAUUUAUGGACCUUGAGGCUCUCCGUGGGGCAUACUGGGAGAGGCGGUCCCGUAGGUAUGAGGGUCCUAGGCCAUGAAGGGCUUUAAAGGUCAAAACCAGCACCUUAAAUCAAACUUCCAGUGGGGGCAUAUUGAACAUAUUGACAGGGGCCCAAAGAACCCCGACCAGAAGCAGAAAAUGUAUUAAAUGUAUUGAACCGUAGCUAAGCACAGCCAUUUCUGAACCUGCUGACCCUCAGAUGUUGUGGACCACAUCUCCUAGCAGCUGGGAGUUGUAGACAAAAGCAUCUGGACACAUUUUUGUCUACUUGAAGAAGCCAUGGUCUGAUCUGAAAAAUACAAAUAUUUAGGUUACAAAACUGUAAAAAUGAAGAAAAAUUAAGUUUGCAAAACAAUAAUUACCAUGUGGUUAGGGUAGAUCAACGUGUCAGUGUCCACUUAUCCCCAGUGUAAAUAUGACAUAUCGGCAAAAGUCGGAAUUCGAAAGAUAAUUAUAGCAUGUACACGAAAAUCGAUUUCAGAUUUGAAAUCAGCAUUGAAAGAACAUAUAAGAAAAGUUGAAAAAUCUCAUACAAAAGAAAACAACAAAAAAAAUUGUUCCCCAGUAUUCUGUGUCUCCCAAGGAAAUACAUUUUUUUGCAUACCUCUAACUGUACAUAGGUAUACAUGUCAUUUUCAAUGCUAUACAUGUCAUGUUCAGUGCUAUAUAAGUCACUUACAUUUAUACUCAUAUUGUACGACUUUGGCUAUGUGUUUAAUAAAAUACUGAAUUCUUGCAUUGUGAAAAACAAAGAUUAUGGUGAAAAGUGAAAAACAUGAAUUGCAAAAAAACCCUAGAGCUUACAGAACAAAACCAACUUCAGAUAUGAAAUCAGCACGUCGAAAUUAGGUUAGAACAACUGCAGGCGUCAAUGCAACAAAAAUUUUGUUCCCCAGUGUUAUGGGUUGCUUGAAGCCAACUUGAAACCUCGGGUCAACUUGAAACCCACUACCCCUUAUCAGGCUUUGCAAAACCAUAAAACCUCCACAAGGAAUUGAAAGUGAAGGCCAUGCUAGCUUUCUUGGCUCCAAGCAAGUCAGAGGGAGGAGGGAGAGGGGAAUUCCCUUCCCUUGCCCCCAAACUUAAAGAGAGUUUUGCAGAAGCAGUGAUAUAUACUGCUUCCCUGUUUUGCAAACCUCUCUGGCUCAGUGUAAGGGACACGGGUGGCGCUGUGGGUUAAACUACAGAGCCUAGGACUUGCCGAUCAGAAGGUCGGUGGUUCGAAUCCCUGCAACAGGGUGAGCUCCCGUUGCUCAGUCCAGCUUCUGCCAACCUAGCAGUUCGAAAGCACAUCAAAAGUGCAAGUAGAUAAAUAGGCACCGCUCCGGCGGGAAGGUAAACGGCGUUUCCGCGCGCUGCUCUGGUUCGCCAGAGGCGGCUUAGUCAUGCUGGCCACAUGACCUGGAAGCUGUACGGCAGCUCCCUUGGCCAGUAAAGCGAGAUGAGCGCCGCAACCCCAGAGUCGUCUGCGACUGGACCUAAUGGUCAGGGGUCCCUUUACCUUUACCUUUUACCUGGCUCAUUGUAAGUUGAGCACAAAAGGCCUCAUUCCUUUGGAGCAGAGCAAACAAAGGAAAUUUUAAAAAGCAUUACAGUGCUUAUGUUUCAGCUGCAGCGAGGAAGCGAAGGGAGGGGAAAUCAGGGCUUUUAAAUAGAAUUGGGGAAUGGUAAGGACUGUGAAGUUAAAGUGAUCUAUACCAGCUGGGGUUGAACUACUUCUCCACUUCCCUCCUUUGAAACCCCCACCCAACCUCUCUCACUACCAAGGAAAUAUAAUAAACAGAAAGAGAACCUACCCAAGUCAUGCAGACGUAACCUCUCCCCCCAAAAUAUAAGAAUAUAAGUUUAUCACUUCUCUCCCCCCACCCUUUUCUUCUUCCCCAACCUUAUUCUGUAUACAACACUAAUGUCUCACAUCAUAUGUAACUGGUACAGUGGUACCUUGGUUUACGAACAGUCCUAUUUACAAACUAUUCGGUUUACGAACUCCACAAAACCGGAUGUAGUGUCCCAGUUUGCGAACUUUACCUCGGUCUAAGAACGGAAUCCGAACGGUGGAAGGGCACCGGCGGCGGGAGGCCUCAUUAGGGAAAGCACGCCUCGGUUUAAGAACCAGUUUGGUUUAAGAACGGACUUCCGGAAUGGAUUAAGUUCGUAAACCGAGGUACCACUGUAUAUAGAAAAGACUUCACAACCUGAGAAAAGAGACAACGCACAUACUUUUGUAAAUCAAGUACCGUACUUUUUGCUCUAUAAGACUCACUUUUUCUCUCCUAAAAAGUAAGGGGAAAUGUGUGUGCGUCUUAUGGAGUGAAUGCAGGCUGCGCAGCUAUCCCAGAAGCCAGAACAAUAAGAGGGAUCACUGCUUUCAUUGUGCAGCGAUGCCUCUUGUUGUUCUGGCUUCUGAGAUUCAGAAUAUUUUUUUUCUUCUUUUCCUCCUCCAAAAACUAGGUGCGUCUUAUGGUCUGGUGCGUCUUAUAGAGCGAAAAACACGGUACAUUUUUAAUAUAGUUUUUAAAAGAAACCCAGUUGCAGUAAAUGAGCCGACAAAUAGAAGGCAGAGAAAACAAAGGAUCAGUGGUUUUGAUGACUGCAUCAUUUGAAUGAGCUGCUGAAAAAUGAAUCUAUAAGUAUUCACUGUUAUAGGAAACUUCUGAGAAAUAAAGAUGAGGCUUGAUAAAUUGGAAAAUACCACUUUGAAUCUAGAUUGUAUGUAGACUCCCCCUCCCCCUGCAAAAGAAAUCUGCCAGAUUGGUUAUUGUAUAUGGAGAAGAUAAGGAAAACAUUGGGUAUAUUAAACUUUUAAAUGUGUGCCUAUAUCCAUAUCUGUAUCUUCAUAUUUGCAUACUAUUUUAUGGCAUAAUAAGCAUCAUAAUACCCUGUGCACUCUUUUCGUAAGGAGCAAAAACAAAUAGUGAAAUUCCAUUAAUCUAUGUUAAUCACUAAUUGGGCUUGAUUUGCAUUAACUGGGUGUUGGUAAACUUACAGGGAAAUGGCCAUGAAAGAGACUUUAUGGAUGACCGAAGAGUGUAUAUUAUGGACGUUUACAACAGGUAUAUUUAUCCAGGAGAUGGAUUUGCUAAACGUAAGUGGGUGAUCUCCCCAGCUUUUGUGACCUUAAAACAAUUCAAAAUAAAACUUGCCAAUAGAGGAAUUGCCCUUUUGACAAUUGAAAUGUUGCUCUCUGGUGAAUGAAACUAUUUGCUGGUUUUUUCCCCAUUGCACUGUUCAGAUAUUUGAAAUCUUCUCUGUGUGAGACAUCCCUGGGAUCACAGGGCGUUGGUUUUUUUAAGAAAGUGGUAUGAAACUUUUUUAGAAACUUGGGCAUGCAUUCCCAAGUUUUCUCUCUGCUGUCUAAGGCUCACUCUUAUUCCAGAUUUUAAAAGUGGGGGGAAUACAUGGAUGCUGUUGUUGGCACCCGUCUCGGUGACCAUGGAGGACUGACUUGCCUUUGGGGGAUGCUAGCUUGACUAGAAAGGGACGUGGGUGGCGCCCAGGACUUGCCGAUCGGAAGGUCGGCGGUUCGAAUCCCCGCGGCGGGGUGAGCUCCCUUUGCUCGUUCCCUGCUCCUGCCAACCUAGCAGUUCGAAAGCACGUCAAAGUACAAGUAGAUAAAUAGGUACCACUCCGGCGGGAAGGUAAACAGUGUUUCCGUGCGCUGCUCUGGUUUGCCAGAAGCGGCUUGGUCAUGCUGGCCACAUGACCCGGAAGCUGUACGCCGGCUCCCUCGGCCAGUAAAGCGAGAUGAGCGCCGCAACCCCAGAGUCGGUCACAACUGGACCUAAUGGUCAGGGGUCCCUUUACCCUUUACUAGCUUGACUAGAAUGGGGAAGGGAAACCAGGAUACACUGUACUAAAAAAAAUCCAAAUAUCUCAGCCAGGGAUGGCUAGCCUGUGACUCUCCAAGAUGCUGUUGGACUGCUAGUCCAGCAAGGAAGCGGCUAGUCAUGGUUUGACUAGGACCAGAGAGCCCAGUGUCCAAAUGACUGUGAGGCUCAGUUCACUGAUUUUGGGCCACUUGUCAUCUCCCAGAAUCAUUUGCAGCCCAGGUUGUCACGCUCCUUUUUAGCAAGAGAGGAAGGGAAUAACAGUGCGCAUCACCCCAUGCAAAGUUCUUGGUAGAAGGGUGGGAAGUAAAUGUAAGAAAUCAAUAAUAAAAUAUUUGAUGUUGCAUCAUUUUUAUAAGCUACAGUGCUACCUCUGGUUACAAACGCUUCUGGUUAUGAAUGCUUCAGGUUACGAACUCCGCUAACCCGGAAGUAGCUGCUCCUUGUGGCAAACUUUGCCCUAGGAUGCGAACGGAAAUCACGUGUCAGAGGCGCGCGCACAACGGGAGACCCUAUUAGCGAAAGCACGCCUCAGGAUAAGAACGGUUUCAGCUUAAGAACAGACCUCCGGAACUAAUUAAGUUUGUAACCAGAGGUGCCGCUGUAUAUUGGACCUCGUCUUUUGUACUUUGCUGUAGCUUAUUCAUAGGGAUAGGGACGCGGGUGGCGCUGUGGAUUAAACCACAGAGCCUAGGACUUGCUGAUCGAAAGGUCGGCGGUUCGAAUCCCCGCGGCGGGGUGAGCUCCCGUUGCUCUGUCCCAGCUCCUGCCAACCUAGCAGUUCAAAAGCACGCCAGUGCAAGUAGAUAAAUAGGGACCGCUCUCCAGCGGGAAGGUAAAUGGUGUUUCCGUGUGCUGCGCUGGUGCUGGCUCGCCAGCUGCGGCUUAGUCACGCUGUCUUCGGACAAGCGCCGGCUCCCGGCCUCUUGAGCGAGAUGAGCGCGCAACCCCAGAGUCGGUCACAACUGGACCUGUUGGUCAGGGGUACCUUUACCUUACCUUUAUUUAUAGGGAUGCGGGUGGCUCUGUGGUCUAAACCACUGAGCCUCUUGGGCUUGCCGAUCAGAGGUUGGUGGUUUGAAUCCGCACAACGGGGUGAGCUCCUGUUGCUCUGUCCCAGCUCCUGCCUACCUAGCAGUUCGAAAGCACGCCAGUGCAAGUAGAUAAAUAGGUACCGCUGUGGUGGGAAGGUAAACGGCUUUUCCGUGCACUCUGGUUCCCGUGACGGUGUCCCGUUGCGCCAGAAGCGGUUUAGUCUUGCUGGCCACAUGACCCGGAAAGCUGUAUGUAGACAAACGCCGGCUCCCUCAGCCUGAAAGCGAGAUGCACACCGCAACCCCAUACUCGCCUUUGACUAGACUUAACCGUCUAGGGGUCCUUUACCCUUUACCUUAUAGCUUAUUUACUUUGGGUGGCAUUCAAUGAAGCUUUACUUAGAGUAGACCCACAGAAAUUAAUGAGCGUGACUGAGUCAGGGCCAUUAAGUUCAGCAGGCCUUCUGUGAGUAAAACAUAGUUGAAUAUCACCCCAUGGGUGGAAAUCAACAUUGCGCUCUUCCAAACAUGAUAGCUUGCUGGACAAAAUGUGUCAUCCCCCCCCCUCACCCAUUCCAUGCUAUUCUGGGGGUUCUCCUGCCACACCACCAGCCCCCGGGGGCUGAUAAGCCUGGAAACAAAUCCCACCUAUUGAUUACUCAAAUAACACAGAGCUUGUAAUGGAAGUCUGACUCAGUAUCAGAAACUGUUUUAUCUUUAUUCCACACCCAAAUCAUUGUAUAUAUGAUUCAUGGUAACUUUCAGGAGCCAUAAGGCGGAAAGUUGAAUUGGACUGGGGCACAGAAGACGCAGAGUAUCUUCAGAAAGUAAAAACGCACGUGGAAGGUGCACUGAACGAAGUAAAAUCGGACAUCAUUGUUUAUAAUGCCGGAACGGACAUCUUGGAUGGUGACCCCUUGGGAGGCCUGGCUAUUUCACCUCAGGUUCGUAGCACACAGAGUCUCCUAUAAAAUCAAAGUCCAAGUCUGGACUGAAGAGGACGCUUGAUCACCCUGGGUUCUUAAAUGAUUUUGUUUACUCCAGCAUAUAUUAUGAUGAAACCAUGAGCUAAAAUGGUUUAUGAACCACAAUGAAGUUCAGCAAUGUGCUUCCUUUUUUUGUGUAACUGCAGGGGAUUAUCGAUCGCGAUGAAAUUGUGUUCAGAGCUGCUAGGAAACACCGAAUCCCCAUCUUGAUGGUGACCUCUGGAGGCUAUCAGAAGAGGACAGCAAGGAUUAUCGCAGAUUCCCUUCUCAAUUUGCAUAGCCAAGGCCUGAUAGAGAAGGAGCCUGCCUUUGGUGAAGCUGGAGGGGCCAAGGUAGAAACGAUGCAUGGAAAAUAA